AUCUCUCGCCAUCACAAUUCUGCCCUCAUGUUUGUCAGCCCAACAGAAGGAAAUAAACAGAUUCAGCACAAGCAAACAAAGAUCCCGCAUCCCCAAACAUACUUCAAUGAGAAAGAUCUCCGAAGGCGGGGUGUACUAUCAUACCGCAAUGAUAGGGCAAGCAAUAUGCUCCCAUGAUAAACAGAAUGCCCCUCAAUGGGUCCAUGUAGAAUCACAAUGGACGAUAGAGGAGGGAAUUCAAUCACAACUUUGGCUGCCGAAGGCAUCCAGGCCACUCACACCACAUAUGUUGGCCACCACAAUAGCUAUGCUCCACUCAUGGGACAAACAUAAGGACAAAUUCUACACAUGGUCUCCAAUAUCUUUGGCUUUUAAGCAUCUAAAUUCCCACAUUCAACAGCAAGGGGUGGGAGGGCAGGGGACUAAUAAACCUGCACCAGAUAUGAAUGGGAAACAGUCUUACACCAUUUCCACAACUUAA